AUGAAGUCAAUUGUGUUCGCACUCUUAGCCGUUGCUUCUGCACAAGAGGUGCGACUCGCAACCAGUGGACGGAUCCGUGGGCAUGAGUCCUCGAAGAAUCCCGGGGUCGUUGAAUGGCUCGGGAUUCCUUACGCGCAGCCCCCGGUAGGCGAUCUGCGGUUUGCGCCACCCCAACCUUACACUCAGUCGGGCUUUCAGGUUGCAGCGGAUUAUGGAAAGGAUUGCAUGUACUCAGUGUCUAGUCUGGUCGACUACCCGGACAAAACGCAGCAGUUCGACAGCGUCUUCGAGGCAUUCGCAGCCAUUAAUAAUAACACUCAAAGUGAAGACUGCUUAACGCUGAAUAUCUGGUCGAAACCUAAGCAGAAUAAGGCUCUGAAGCCGGUUUACGUCCAUUUUUACGGGGGCAGAUGGACAAGCGGCACAACUGACACGGCCUUCUACUACGGGGGUGAGUUCGCGGAGGCAGAAGAUGUACUAGUGGUGACCGUUAAUUAUCGCAUGAACAUCUUCGGAUUUCCUGGUUUGCCAGGCCAUCCCCCUAAUCCUGGGCUUCUGGACCAACGUCUUGCUGUCGAAUGGGUGAAGGAGAACAUCCGGGGAUUUGGAGGUGAUCCUAAGCGCAUCACGAUCUCUGGCCAGUCUUGUGGUAGUGCAUCUGUCGAUUAUUGGGCAUAUGCGUAUCCAUCCGAUCCAUUGGUGGCAGGAUUCAUCUCACACUCUGGAACAGCUCUCAGCUUUGGGACAAACAAUCAAACAUUCGCAGCCAAGCAUUGGUAUACUGUUUCCGAAAGUUUAGGAUGUGGGUCUUCAGGGGAUGUUCUGCCCUGCAUGAGAGAGCAGAAGGCGAACGCCAUCCUCGCGGCUGCUAGCGCUGUCAAGGUUCCCACCACAAACCCUGCGCGGAAAAACCCAGCCUUCCAGCCUACUGUCGAUAAUGUGACUGUUUUUGAUAAUUAUAAAACACUCUCCUCGCAGGGGAAAUUUGCUCGCAUUCCUUACUUGGUUGGCCAUAACGAGAAUGAAGCAGGCUUCUACAAAAUUUCUGCUUACGCUUCAGGCAACAUAUUGACCGACCAGCAAUGGGAUGACUUCAAUAUGGAAACUUUCUUCUGUCCAUCUAAUCUUGAAGCAGCGGACCGAAGGCGUCAACACACUCCCGCCUGGCGAUUUCAGUACGACGCAGAUUGGCUGAACACUCGGCUUUACCCAACUAGCGGUGCUUACCACGGCUCUGAGCUAAACAUGAUAUACGGACAGUCUUCUGAGAUUACUGGUAUUGCUGAGUCAAAGGCACAGAGCCAAUUGAAAACCAAGGUGCGGUCUGCAUGGGCGGCAUUUAUCGCAGAUCCCCAGAAUGGAUUGAAAAGGCAAGGGUGGCCAACCUAUAACCCUCAUGGCCCCACUCUUGCUCAUAUUGGCUCUGGCAACGAGGCUAAAUUUACGUUCAAGAGUACACAAGACUCGGCCCAGAGGUGUGCGAGCUUGUUGGCGGAUAUCUAA